GGUUCGGCAUGGCCCGGUUUUCUAUGAUUGUAGUUUGCAUAUAGAAGAAAAAGAUGUUAUUGGCACCGUCCAAUGAAGGUGAUCAGGGUCGCAGCUGGCCAUUUGCGGCUUUUUAUCAACAAGAGGUUUGUGUGGGGUCACGGGUAAUUUUGGAAUCAUGGGAUGAUGCUAAGGGGUUUCUUGCUAUGUUUCUGACAAGGCUUGCCAUAUUGCAAAAAUGGAAGAUAAAUCUAUGCUUGUUAGGAAAAGAGGAAAAGUUAGACAAGUUUGAGCUUCCUGCAAAGAUAAAGCUGCUGCCAGAACAGAAUGUUGAGAAUGCCGGAGACGGAGAUGAGUUUGAGGCACAGAAUGCCAAGAAUGCCGACGACGGGGAUGAGCUGUUCGAGCCUAGCAUUAUAGGUGUCUGGUGUAAGAAUGAUAUGAAAAUGACAUUACAUGCUAGAAAUUUAAAGUAUAGGGGUGAAAGUGAAGAUUUCCAGAACUUUUGGUCUGAAUGUCCAUGGGAAGAGGAUUUGAAGUACGCAAAAGCUGUUUGCAAUCAGGUUGAUGUAGCACUGGAAGUUGUACAUCUGACAGAUGAAUAUUGGGACAAAGUGGUUUCUUACCUUAUUGAUGAGUAUAAAUGUGGGCGUACACCUAACCCUGAUGUUCUUUGCAAUACAAGAAUCAAAUUUGGUGCGUUCAUGGAUGCCCUCAGUAACAUGGGUUUUGAGUUUGUUGCUUCCGGACAUUAUGCAAAAGUUAUUCACCCCCUUACAGAUGAAACCAAUGAGCUUUCAUUUCUUCAGUUGUCAAAGGAUAUGGUAAAGAUAUGCUCUACUUAUUUUCAUUACCAACUUCCUGAUACCUGAAAAGAGGAAAAGUUAGACAAGUUUGAGCUUCAUGCAAAGAUAAAGCUGCUGCCAGAUCAAUGGACACUUGAAUCUGGAUUAUUGACAGCCGCACUCAAGUUAAAGAGGGAACAAUUGAAGGCCAAAUUUAAGGAUCAUAUGCAACAGCUAUAUGAGUGA